AUGAGUGGAGACGUCUCCCAAAUAAUCCACGGCCAGGCAACGGUGCCGCAAGUGAUCGAGCUCAUACCUACCGUAUGGCCUCUGGCAGACGAACCAACCCAAUUGGCCAUUGUCAAAAGUCUCCAGCUGGUUCUGGGACUCGGCACUGCCACCACUACACUCGGCCUCCAAACUGACCCCACCGCCGCCUACCUGUUCUUGCUGGUAGUGGAACGACUAGUGGACAAUCUAGCCGCCAUUCCCAUCACUACGGCGGCGGAAAGGCGAGAGUUUGAUAAGCUUGUGUGGCGUGGGAAGGUGGUUUCGGUGGUCAAUGAAGUUUGCGUGAAAUACUCGUUAACUACGCUGGUGUCAUUUGCUAAUCUUAUAAGUCAGUUGGGUCAAUUACAACUGGGUGAAGAUUAUGUGGCCCUGGUUCUCCUGCUGGAUUCUUCACUGCUUUUUAAAUGGGGGUUGACUACCACUAAAAAUUGGCAGGUGCUUGUCUCGGCUUACGGCCGUCUUAACAACGUUACAAAGACUCGAUUCACUCAAUCAAUAAUACGAUACAUGAGUGGUUCAAUCAAUGAAGCUACCGCGUCCGCGUGGGCGCUGAUUUUAGCAUCUUUUUCUCCGACAGUGGAUGUGGCUACAACUAAGCUUAUCGUCGAUGUCGGGGCUACACUCCCGUGGUCACUGGCGCGCUACUUGUGUGCUAUUACAACUCCAUUCAUUAAUAGUGGUUUAUUGGGCAAUUUAAUGGCAUUAUGGCUGCCUCAUGAGUUUGUUGCUUCUCAGCGAGUUCACACCUGUUUACUCGUAUACUUGGCGUAUAAUACUUCCAAGGAAGAGGUAGUACAGUUAAUGCACUCUCCGGAGUUUGUUGAAGGUGUCUCCUCCCACUUAUCGCUGCUUACUCCUCUGGUGAAACAACUAGCCAUCUCCUUAGCUAACAAGCUCAGUGACAUUACGGGAGUAAAUCGCAUCUUUGAAGUCGAAGGCGACCCAGAUAUCGAUGCUCUCGAGCCGUUAACCAUCGACAAAUUGACCAUUGAUGAAGCAUUGGUCGCCAUCAACACUACUGACAACAAAGUGGUUAAGACGUCAACCGGCCAAACUGUGGCUACUACCACUCCAGUAUCGGGUCUCACGUUAUCCCAUAAGGCUACCACCACUGCUCGUCCCCGUUUCAUCAAAGAUUUAGUGGACUACUUAACUGUGGACUCGCAAAAGAAAGACGCUUACGAAAUGGUCCGCACCGCGUUGGAAAUUGGACCCACGUUGAUCCGCCAGAAACCCAAAACUGAAGUAGCAUUCUACGCUCAUACUCUAUUCAAAGAUGUUGUUGGCCUCGGCAACCAAUUCAAUGACGACGACGUUGUUCAAUGGAGAUUACAAAUGCUCAUUGCCAUACUAGUCAAGUGUCCCGAAACCGUACCGUUAGUGGUGAAACUACUCGCUCAGGGAGAUUAUUCGUUGCUGCAACGGAUGCAAAUGCUCACUGCCUGUUCGAUGGCGUGUCGCGAGCUUAGAGGGCUUGAUGACCCUGCCACUACUAAAGCUUUUACUCCUAAAGAAUUCCCUAGUGAGCGCCUACCUGCACACAUUGAUGCCCUCUACCAACAGAAAGCUCUUGCUGAUGUACAGCAACAGGUGAUGGGUCACCGCAGUCAACAAGCCCGCGAUGACGUCACCGACUCUGCCCUCAGUGGAGCGGGUAAAGUGGUACGGGUGCUGAAACGGCUCGAGCACCAACGCCAAUUGCAAAACCAACCGAAAAACCUGUUUAGUCAGGUGAGCAACCGCCAGUUCUUUUUUCCUUUACUGGCGUUAUGGCAUGCCGUGGAUGGCCGGGUCGAUCUCGGUGAUUAUUCUGCCAUUUUCAUUGGCCACUACGUGACGACACUCGCGUUGGUAUUAGCCUGUGGGUUCCCUCUGAACGAUUAUACCGAGGCCACUAAGGAAUGGUUUGGUGUGGCUAAUGAUUUAGCCGCGCAAAAGGUCACUGAUGCUCCCGUGGUGGAAGCAGUGGCCACGGGAGUCAUGGUGGUGGUUGAUUCGCAAGAUGCCGAGAUCUUGGUAUCGCUUAUCGGGCCCGAAUUGGCACUGGUGUCGCAGUGGUUGAUGCUGGUGUUUGAAGGAAUCAUUGAUGAACGAGUCAGACUGGUGGUGGCAGGAGCCUUGAUGGCGUUAAAUGAGAUUAACACGCAGUUCGAACGUAGCUUGGCCAAUCAACUUAACGGGUUCUACUAG